AUGUCAUACAGCAGAAUAGGAGUCGUCACCGGCGCGAACAAGGGUAUUGGACGCGCCAUAGUCCAGCAGCUCGCCCUUCAAUACCCCAAGUCGCCGCUCAACAAUGGGCCUUUCCUGAUUUACCUGACGGCUCGCGAUCAGGGCAGGGGAGAGGCUGCCGUCAAAGACCUGGAGCAAGAUGCGCAGCUCAAGGAGGCAAAGGCAUUGAAGGCCGACGGUGGGCUUUCGGAGAUUAAGUUCCAUCUGCUUGACAUCACGAGCAGUAACAGCAUCAAGACCCUUGCCGACCAUUUGAAGCAGGCGCACGGAGAUGGAAUUGAUUUCGUUAUCAACAACGCGGGCAUUGCGAUGGACGGCUUUAACGCCGACAUCGUUAAGACUACCCUCGACUGCAACUACUACAAGACGCUCGAGGCGUGCCACACCUUCCUCCCCCUCCUGAAGCCCACUGGUCGCAUCGUAAACCUCGGCAGCAUGGCUGGUAAACUCAACAAGUACUCUGAAGAAGUCCGCAACCGCUUCCUCGCCUCCAAGACUGAGGAGGAUGUUACAAAGAUUAUGAAGGAAUUUGUUUCUGCUGUUGAAGCUGGCAAAGAGAAGGAGGCUGGGUUCCCUAGUGCAGGGUAUGCUGUGAGCAAGGCAGGACUGAUUGGAGGUACACGGGCACUGGCCAGGCAGGAGAAGGAGAAGGGAAGCAAGGUGCUAAUUAACACCUGCUGCCCAGGCUAUGUCAACACCGACAUGACCAAGGGCAACGGAACACGAACUGUGGAAGAAGGCGCUCAGACUCCGGUGCUGCUCGCAAUCCAUGACAUUCAGAAUAAGACGGGUAGCUUCUGGCAGUACGAGAAGGAGAUUGACUGGGUUGGUUAG